UCCCGCUGUCACCUGCCCGCUGCGGGACCUCCGGCACGCGCUGGCCCUCAGCUCUCCAACCGCGCCCCAGGAGCAGGUGCCGGGACUGCCUGUGGCCUUUUAGUGGAGCGCAGCCGCCAGGCACUAGCGCGGAGCGGCCACAUGGAGAGCAGCGGUGGGAUUCCCCCGGCUGGGGCGCUUGGGGCGGCGGCCGAGUCCCCACAGUGCCCGCUGCCGUCCGGGGGCGAGGGCGCGGCGGGGCUGGCGGGGCCGGGGGAGCCCGAGGCGUCGGCCGAGAGCGCUGGGGGUGAGGGCGGGCCGCGGCGGGCUCUGCGGGCAGUAUACGUGUGCAGCGAGAGCCCUCAGGGCGGCGCGGCCGGUGGCCCGGAGGUGGGGGCGCGACAGUGCCUGCUGCGGGCCUGCGAGGCUGAGGGCGCCCACCUCACCUCUGUGCCCUUCGGGGAGCUCGACUUCGGAGAAACGGCCGUGCUCGACGCCUUCUACGACGCAGACGUUGCCGUGGUGGACAUGAGUGAUGUCUCCAGACAGCCUUCGCUCUUCUACCAUCUCGGAGUUCGAGAAAGCUUCGACAUGGCCAAUAAUGUGAUCCUGUAUCAUGACACUGAUGCUGACACUGCUCUUUCAUUGAAGGAUAUGGUAACUCAAAAAAACACAGCAUCUAGUGGAAAUUAUUAUUUCAUCCCGUACAUCGUGACACCCUGCGCUGAUUAUUUUUGCUGUGAGAGUGACGCCCAGAGGCGUGCCUCGGAGUACAUGCAGCCCAACUGGGACACCAUCCUCAGUCCGUUGUGUGUGCCCCUGGUGGACAGGUUUAUUAACCUCCUCAAGGACAUCCACGUGACCUCAUGUGUUUAUUACAAAGAAACCUUGUUAAAUGACAUCCGGAGAGCCAGAGAGAAAUACCAGGGCGAUGAACUGGCAAAGGAGCUGGCUCGGAUCAAACUCCGCAUGGAUAACACCGAGGUUCUGACCUCAGACAUCGUCAUUAAUUUACUGCUGUCCUACCGCGAUAUCCAGGACUAUGAUGCAAUGGUGAAGCUGGUAGAAACACUGGAAAUGCUGCCUACGUGUGAUUUGGCCGACCAACAUAACAUUAAGUUCCACUAUGCGUUUGCACUGAAUAGGAGAAACAGCGCAGGCGACCGUGAGAAGGCUCUGCAGGUCAUGCUCCAGGUUCUGCAGAGCUGUGACGGCCCAGCCCCCGACAUGUUCUGCUUGUGCGGAAGGAUCUACAAGGACAUCUUUUUGGAUUCAGACUGCAAAGAUGACGCCAGCCGAGACAGUGCCAUUGAGUGGUAUCGCACAGGGUUUGAGCUCCAGUCAUCUCUUUAUUCAGGAAUUAACCUUGCAAUUUUGCUGAUAGUUGCUGGACAACAAUUUGAAACAUCCAUGGAACUAAGGAAAAUAGGUGUCCGGCUGAACAGUUUGUUAGGAAGAAAAGGGAGCUUGGAGAAAAUGAACAAUUACUGGGAUGUGGGUCAGUUCUUCAACGUCAGUAUGUUGGCCAAUGAUGUCGGGAAGGCCGUGCAGGCAGCAGAGAGGUUGUUCAAACUGAAACCUCCAGUCUGGUACCUGCGAUCAUUAGUUCAGAAUUUGUUAUUAAUUCAACGCUUCAAGAAACCUAUUAUCGAACGUUCACCCAGGCAAGAACGGCUUAACUUCUGGUUAGAUAUAAUUUUUGAGGCAACAAACGAAGUUACUAAUGGACUCAGAUUUCCAGUUCUGGUGAUAGAACCAACCAAAGUCUACCAGCCCUCAUAUGUCUCUGUCAACAAUGAAGCGGAGGAGAGAACGGUUUCUCUGUGGCAUGUCUCACCCACGGAAGUGAAACAAAUCCAUGAAUGGAAUUUUACAGCUUCUUCCAUUAGAGGAAUAAGCAUAUCCAAGUUUGAUGAACGGUGUUGUUUUCUUUAUGUCCAUGAUAAUUCUGAUGACUUUCAAAUCUACUUUUCCACUGAAGACCAGUGUAGUAGGUUUUGCUCUUUGGUCAAAGAGAUGAUAACCAAUGCAGCGGGCAGUACAGUGGAGCUGGAGGGAGAGACCGAUGGGGACACCUUAGAGUAUGAGUACGACCAUGAUGCAAACGGUGACCGAGUUGUACUGGGGAAAGGCACGUACGGGGUCGUGUAUGCCGGCAGAGAUCUAAGCAAUCAAGUGCGAAUCGCCAUCAAAGAAAUCCCAGAGAGAGAUAGCAGGUACUCCCAGCCUCUGCACGAGGAGAUAGCCCUGCACAAGUACCUCAAGCACCGCAACAUCGUUCAGUACCUGGGCUCUGUUUCAGAGGACGGCUACAUUAAGAUAUUCAUGGAGCAGGUGCCUGGGGGAAGCCUUUCUGCUCUUUUGCGAUCAAAGUGGGGGCCAAUGAAGGAGCCCACCAUCAAGUUUUACACCAAGCAGAUCCUGGAAGGCCUUAAAUAUCUCCAUGAAAACCAGAUUGUGCACAGAGACAUAAAGGGCGAUAAUGUUCUAGUGAAUACCUAUAGUGGAGUGGUGAAAAUCUCCGAUUUUGGAACCUCUAAACGUCUUGCAGGAGUGAAUCCAUGCACAGAGACUUUUGCUGGCACUUUGCAGUACAUGGCACCUGAGAUUAUUGAUCAAGGACCUCGCGGGUAUGGUGCCCCGGCUGACAUCUGGUCCCUGGGCUGCACCAUCAUUGAGAUGGCCACUAGCAGGCCUCCGUUCCAUGAGCUCGGCGAGCCGCAGGCAGCAAUGUUCAAAGUGGGGAUGUUUAAAAUCCACCCCGAGAUUCCUGAAGUCCUUUCUACGGAAGCCAGAACCUUCCUUUUGUCCUGUUUUGAGCCUGACCCCCACAAACGUGUCACCGCUGCUGACCUCCUCAAAGAGGGUUUCUUAAGGCAGGUGAACAAGGCCAAGAAGAACCGAAUUGCUUUCAAGCCAGCAGAGGGUGCCCGGGGCACCACCCUGGCCCUGCCCACAGUGGGUGAGCCCAUGGUCAGCAGCGAGCUUGGCUCUGUCUCCCCGGACUUGGAUGCACAGUCGAAUGCGUUCUUCGAGAAGGCCCGGGAGCCCAGGCACCGGCUCAGCCACCUGCUCAGUGUUCCAGAUGAGAGCUCAGCCUUGGAAGACCGGAGCGCAGCCUCAUCCCCGGAGGACAGAGACCCGGGUCUCUUCCUGCUGCGCAAGGACAGUGAGCGCCGUGCCAUCCUGUACAAAAUCCUCUGGGAGGAGCAGAACCAGGUGGCUUCCAACCUGCAGGAGUGCCUGGCGCAGAGUUCUGAAGAGUUGCACCUCUCAGUUGGCCACAUCAAGCAAAUAAUUGGGAUUCUGAGGGACUUCAUCCGCUCCCCGGAGCACAGGGUGAUGGCAUCCACGAUAUCAAAGCUAAAGGUGGACCUGGACUUUGACAGCUCAUCCAUCAGUCAGAUUCACCUGAUACUGUUUGGAUUUCAGGAUGCCGUAAAUAAAAUUUUAAGGAACCACUUAAUUAGGCCCCACUGGAUGUUUGCAAUGGACAACAUCAUCCGGCGAGCGGUGCAGGCUGCAGUCACCAUUCUCAUCCCAGAGCUCCGAACCCACUUUGAGCCCGCCUCGGAGACUGAAGGGGUAGAUAAGGACCCGGAUGAGGUGGAAGCGGACUAUCCCCCAGCAGACCCGCCUGGAAGCGAAGCACCCACGAUAUGCGGAGAGAGCACACCCACUGCAGCACUUGCUGAGGCCCAGCCCCAGCAGCUCCACCAGCAGCGCCUGAGCCUCCAGCUGGGCGAGCUCAGGCAGGAGACCAGCAGACUUUUGGAACACCUAGUUCAAAGAGAGAGAGAGUACCAGAAUCUUCUACGGCAAACCCUAGAACAGAAAACUCAAGAAUUGUAUCACCUCCAGUCACAAUUCAAAUCUGAUGGGAAUCCAGCGUCCCCGCCUGGGCAGAGGACAGAUAAAGACCUUGUAGACUGGUUACAACUGCAAGGAGCAGACGCAAAUGCAAUUGAAAAGGUACAUUUACACGCCCCCUCCCCCGCGCGCCCCCAAAUAACCCUAUUCCUAUGUUAUUACAAAGCUGCUUAGCUCCUAUGUAUUUGCUCUUGGUUUCAGAUUGUUGAAGAGGGUUAUACACUUUCUGAUGUUCUUAAUGAUAUCACUAAGGAAGAUCUAAGAUACCUUAGACUACGGUAAGAACAGCCUCAAAACACUUUGUAUAGUAGAAAAUGGCUUUUUCAUGUGAUUAUGCUUUUACAUAAAGCAGUAGAAAAAGUGCUGGUACCUUUUCCUAUGACUUAGUCAGAAAGCUCCAAACUCGGGAGUUUUCCCGGGUUGAAGCUGGAAAAAGCCGAGAGGUGGCAGAAGCUGAAAGUCUGGCAGGAAAAGUCAGCGAGAAGUAGGAAGGUGACAGAAGCGCUCUCCUCCUCCUGCCAUUCGUGCUAUUCCCGAACCCUUUCUUUAAACUGCGACCUGCAUUCUCAUUCCCAUGGCAUCUUAAAUGGCCCGCUCUGUACAGAUGCACCAGCACUCCUGUACAUACCUCUAGGGCCUAAGUGGUAAAUCCGUAUGUGAAAAGAAUGUAUUUCUAUUUUAGGUAAGCUUUGAAGACUAGAUGGCAAACCUAGUCAAGCCUAGACUUACAUGCUCCAGUUUUGGCCAUAAGGGGUGUUGCUUUGACUCUAAAGGAGACUCUCACGUUCUUUCGUAGUGGUGGGCUCCUCUGCAGGCUCUGGGCUGCAGUCUCCCAGUACAGAAGACAGGCUCAGGGGGCCCUGGCCACCCCCGAUGACGCUUAACCCGUCAGCUGGGCCAGGGCGCAGAGGGAGCAAGGAGCUGAUGUCUCUGCCGCUACAGCAUUACUGAGAUGGUUUCUUUUAACCUGUUGUUAACGUGUUAUAGGUGAGUAGAACUGUAUGUAUUGUGAGAACAGUGAUUGUGAACCCUAAUUUUGAUUAGGGUAUUACAGAAUUCUUAAAAAUGAAUUUUAAUAUAUUUCAAUGAAAAAAUUAGUACACCCUAUAUAGCACUUGUUGGAAAGGUGAAACAAUGGGUGUUUAAAAUAACAAAAAGGCUGGAAAUCACUGUUUCAGGCUACACAUUACUAUUAACUGGCAUUGCACUUAAAUUUGAAAAAGAAAAUUGAUAUGAAUGUACCUUGUAUUUAAUGUUUGAUUAUGAACGUAUAAAUGGAGAUAACUAAGUUAUUUGGCCUUUGCAAUGAUUCUGAAGUAUUCCUAUUUAAAAGUAGAAUUGUCUUUCUACUUGCCUGGUUGUAAUAAAUACUACGUGCAUUAAGGUACGCUGUGGGGGUAAUGUGAGUAUGCCAAGGGAAUGAUCCCCCCACAAAAAGGUGACAGAGUGGGACAGACAUACAAGGAACUGUUUUUCCUUUUAGUAAUUAAAACGUAUUUGUUCAAAUAGUAUACAACUAAAUCAAAUAAAACUGUGUUAAGGAAAUAGUUUGAAAGAAGGUUGAGCAAACUCUAUACUGCCUAUUUUAGGCCUAUACAAAUCUAAAUAACCUUUAAUAUUCACACUAAAUAAUUAAGUGUGCAAUAACGUCUUAUAACGCAACACUAUAUAAACUGCAUGCAGUUCCUACCUGAAUCUACAUACUUUCCUAUGGGGUUUCCCUCCUUAACAAAGUU